AUCCUUAGAAAUAAGAUCCUUUCGGAUUCGCAAGAGGUACCGUAAAUCACAAUCUAGCUACCAGAACAGAGAGAUGAAGAGAUCCUCUACCACGGGUUUCCCCCAUUACACGCAAUCGAAUCAUAUUAUGACCCAUAAGAUGAAGAAUCGAGCUUUCGAUUUUACAGUACUGUCACUCUUGUUUCUGGGUUUCCUUUUCAUCUUCAUCUUCUCCAAUCCCUCCAGUCUCAAGACCCUCUUCUCCAGCUCUAAUCCCGAAUGCAAGUCCUCAACAACCAUGAUGAAAAUGAUUAUUCACCGAGAUGAACUCGAUGAGGUGUUAGCUGAAACAUCGAUGGAAAACAAGACUGUAAUUAUCGCUAUGGUAAACAAAGCCUAUGUGGAAGGGGACAAGUCGAUUCUUGAUCUAUUCUUGGAUAGUUUUUGGCUUGGCGAUGGUACUCAGGGGUUAAUAAAUCACCUUCUAAUUGUGGCCACGGAUGAAGUAUCUUACCAACGGUGUAAGUUUCUCCAGCGUCAUUGCUACAGGCUUAAAACAGAUGGUGUAGAUUUUGCUGGGGAGCAGUUAUACAUGACUAAAGAUUAUCUCGAAAUGAUGUGGAGGCGGACUCAGUUUCUUGGUGAUGUUCUCAAGCGUGGCUACAACUUCAUCUUCACAGUAUGUUUCUUUGGUUUCAUGGGAACUUAGACUUUUUUUAAAACAUAUUUAUAAGUGAGUAUUAGAUUGUUUAUCA